AUGCUGGACGAUGCCAUUCGGACAUUUGAAAAAACACAUGAUCUGGUCGUCAAUAGGACGGUAAAAUCUUUGAAUGCCCUGUUGUUUUCUUGUGUGCUUGCUAAGAAUUAUGGUGAGGUGAAGAGGAUAUUUCUUGAAUUUCCUAGAAAAUAUGGGAUUGAACCUGAUCUUGGUACUUACAAUACGAUUUUAAAGUCAUUUUGCGAGUCGGGUUUGUCUAGUUUUGUGUAUUUGAUAUUGUCUGAGAUGGAGAGGAAGGGUGUGAAACCGAAUGUGCCGUCGUUUGAGAAAUGUGUUGCUGGAUUUUAUAGGGAGGAGAAAUAUGACGAUGUUGGGAAGGUGUUGGAAUUGAUGAAGAAACACGAUAUGACUCCGGGAAUUAGUAUAUACAAUAUUAGGAUUCAGAGCUUGUGUAAACUUAGGAGGUCGGUCGAGGCAAAGGCGUUGGUUGAUGGGAUGUUGUCUAGGGGAAUGAAGCCGAAUGCAGUGACUGAAGGGAAUUUGGACGAGGCGAAGAGUUUCCUCAAUAAAAUGGUGAAUAGUGGGUUUAAAUUGGUUGGUUUUUGCUAUUUUACUUUGGUGGAUUUCUUAUGUCAAGGUGAGGAUUUUGAGACCGCUUUGAAGAUCAGUAAGAAGAGUAUGAAAAAUGGUUGGGUUCCCAACUUUUCGACCAUGAAGUCACUUGUGAAUGGGCUUGCAAGCAUUUCAAAGGUUGAUGAGGCUCGUGAGAUUACACGGCAGAUGAAGGAGAAAUUUUCAAAGGUUGCUGAUAAGUGGACUGAAAUUGAAGAGAACUUGCCUAAGUAG